AUGGCCAUUUCAUCUAAUGAUAUCACAGCUAACCUUUCAAGUGGACUAAAAGUGUCAGACUUUGUCUUCAUGAGUGACAGCACAGAGCGUAAGAUGCCAGGUUCGCAGUGCUUUGUGUUUCAGGAUCUGAAUUCCUUCACAUCAAAGGGCAAAGGAGAGGAUGAUGUGGACAGAUCAAGUCCAUUCGUACACAGAGGAGCGACGGGCAAGGUCAAGUCAGGGGGCAGCAAGUCACGAGCCAGCAGUGCUCCACCCGUCAGAAGAUCCGUCCUGGGUGCUGCUCUCCCACCCAAAAGUACUGGAGCAGGGGAGAGUGGUGGUGGGGGCCCACGAACUACAGUCAAGCGAGUACCAUCCAUCAGUCGAGGGAGAAUAGGUUCCUCAUCCUCUAAUACAGCUGCAGCAGGUGCUGUUGAUGAAGCAUCAUUUUUUGCCUCAUUUGAGGAUGCUCCAAAGGUCACCAUUUACUCAACUCGAGAACUGGAGGAUACUCUAACUAAAAUUCGGGAGAUCAUUUCGAGCCCGAACAGUGAUUGGGACAAAAGAGUAGAGACUCUGAAGAAAUUACGAAGUGUGUUAAUUGCCGGUGCCCCUAGUUAUGAAGAGUUCUAUCCCCAUCUCCGCCUACUAGAACCUGCCAUGCAGUUGUGUGUCAAAGACCUCAGGUCACAGGUGGUACGAGAAGCUUGUAUCACUGUGGCAUAUAUGUCUCAAGAACUGCAUCAUAAAGUUGAUCAUUUGUGUGAAACUCUCCUGCCAAGUCUUAUUAAUUUAAUACCUAAUAGUGCUAAGGUAAUGGCAUCAUCUGGUAUUGUCACAAUUAGGUUUAUCAUACAAAACACUCACCACCACAAAUUGAUCCCCAUUCUUUUACGAGAUUUGGCCAGCAAGAACAGAGAGAUCCGAAAAGUGUUGUUUGAGGUGUUAGAUCAACUUGUACAUACAUGGCCCACGCACUCUAUGGAGAAGCAUGUUGCAAAUCUUGCUGACAGCAUAAAGAGAGGAAUUACAGAUGCAGACCCAGAAGCUCGAGCUUUCUCAAGAAAAGCAUAUUGGGGCUUUGCGGACCAUUUCAAGGAUGAGGCAGACAAAUUGCUGAACUCCCUUGACCCAAGCUACAAGAAGAUGCUCCAGGGUGAAAUAAGUACUAUGUCUAACUCCUCUUCAUCACAGUCACUGCACAACUCCCAUAGUAAAUCAGCUGGCACACGUCAAGGGUGGUCACGAUCCUCAUCAACAACUGGAAGUACGGAAAAUCUUUCAGGACCAUCAUCAAGGCUGUCCCACAGUAGCACUCGGCGAUCCGCUAUCCCUACCCCUGCCUCUCACCGCCCACAAGAUUCCCCAGAUUCCCCCGCCCCUUCCCUCACUCCAACGAACAACUUCCGGUCCAACAGUGCCAUUGAUCUGCAGGCCGCCAGGCGUGCACAAGCUCGUUCACAGUAUGCCCAGUCCCAGAGACUGAAGGUGGGCUCUGGAGCAUCACUGCGAACUGAAGGAGAGGACAAAGCACGUCCAAGGAAAUCGUCCGAUCAUCCGCCCAUCAGCUCCAUCACCUCUCCUGAUCGUAUGGGCAGAUCCAGAAGCCGAGGUGGUGUCUCACAAUCACAGCCUGGCAGCCGAAGUGGAUCUCCAUCAUCGCGACUUAGUUAUGCUACAUACGCAUCACCUGGAGACUCUGGCACUUUAGGUCGUAGUCGCCGCAGAAGUGGCAUUCCACGCUCCACAGGCACUUCUCGGGAACCUUCACCUAACCGUUAUAGUGGAUUAAGUGUCAUAUCACCUUCAAAAUCACGCUCAAGAUCCAUCUCUGGUGCAUCAGAAAUGCCUCCCCAAGUACCAGGAAAACCAAGACAAGUAAUGGCCCAGAAGAUUUUACAGCAGAGCCGUGAAGCAGAGAGUGCGUUAGCCGACGCACUGGUGAGUCUACCGCCAGGAGGAGUCCUUCGAUCUCCCAACAGAAAGUUGUACACAAAAGCCUUUGAGGACCAAUCUGACAAUGACAGCGAAACAUCCAGCGUUUGCUCAGAGCGUUCCUUCGACUCUUGUAGGAGAAAUGAUCUAUUCUGGUACGGAUCACAACAGCGUAUACUCAAGGAAGUGUGGGAGCCAACAGCGAAGAUGCAGGAUGUUAGUGAUAUCAUCUUAAACUGUGCAUCAACUCACUGGGGUGAUCGGAAAGAAGGCCUCAUGGCACUACAAGCAUUCCUGCGUGGCUCACAUAUGCUCACUGGAUCAGAGCUAAAACGUGUCACAGAGAUCUUCACUAAAAUGUUUAUGGAUGCGCAUACCAAAGUGUUUACAUUAUUUCUUGAUACUCUGAUGGAGCUGAUCAUGGUGCACAAGGCAGAUCUCGGAGACUGGCUAUAUGUUCUGCUCACACGGUUGCUUAACAAAUUGGGCUCAGAUCUCCUAGGAUCAGUACAGACCAAAAUUCAUAGAACAUUAGAUUUAGUAAGAGACUCAUUCCCUUGUGACCAACAAUUCAUUGUUAUAAUGAGAUUUUUAGUAGAUCAAACCCAGACACCUAAUUCUAAAGUGAAGGUUGCAACCCUCACAUACCUCAAGUGUUUAGUGGAUGUAAUGGAGCGGGGAGACCUCACUGCUUCUCCUGAUACUUCAAUGGCCUUAGCAAAGAUCCUAACAUGGACAGCAGACCAAAAAUUCCUCGAUAUUCGACGGGCAGCAUCUGCUGCUUUUAUUGCCAUGUUUAACUGUAAUAUCACUGAGUUCACUGCACUUUUGCAGCAGCUUCCUCCAGCCUGUCAGAGCACAGCAUCACAGAUUAUACAGAGUCAUUUGAAAAGAGCCUCCAGUCUUGAUGCUUCACCAUCCUCCUUACCACCCCGCACUCCGCCCAGUGUUGGUGGAACUCCUGUCUUGCAGAGCCCAAAUACCUCUCUUCCACGGUCACAUCGACCUUCACGAUAUAAUGCAAUUGAUUUUGAUGAUACAGAAAAUCUUAAUCCAGAAGAAGUGUACAGGAGUUUGAAGCGCACAACAGCAGAGAUCCAAAACUAUAGUUUUGAUCUAGAGAGUCUAGAAAAACAUAGAGAUUCUACAUCACAGGACUCGGGAAUAAGCCAAUUAUCAGCUGGUGGUGCUGAUAUUCGAAAUAUCGACACUGUUGAUGAUAAACAUUCUGAAGACACCAAUGGUAUUCUCUCGGGAAGGUCCUCCAGUGUCUCGUCACCUACACACCGUCAACUCUCCAUGAUGUCGGAUUCCUCAAGAAAUGGCUUGGACACCCUCACGGAUGAUGAUUUGGGUAGAGGGGAUGGACAAGAAAGUGAUGCCGAGGUGAUGUCAGGGGUUGUAGCAGAACUUGGCAAUGCUGAAGAAGGUCGAUCUGCAGAGAAACGCGGGUGCUCUCUUUACUCAACU